AUGAUUUCUUCAAACACGUCACUUUUCAAUAAACAAAGUUUUGUUUAUUAUAGAGAGAAACAUAAUCCUCUUUCUCUACCUUCUCCCCCACCUUCGCCACACGGAUCAGCAUUGAGAGGAUCAAAACAAAAUGAAAUGGCAAAUACUCUUUUUCCUCCUAUAAAACAUUUAUUAGAUAUACCAACCGAUCAUUCAGGCAACAUUAAAAAAACGGAAUUGUCAUAUAAAAAAACGCCAUCACACUGUCUUUCUAGAUUUUCACUAUCUAAUAUUAAGUCAUCCCCACUUAAGACAAGUCACACGAUACCUGAAUUAAUUGUUGAUAAUAAUAUUUCGUCUUAUUACACUAAUCAUGAUAAAAAUAACGUAAACAUUUAUAAAAUCUCUGUUAAUCAACAGCAAAAUGCCUUCAAGAAUCCUUAUACUCAAGCUUCCACUACUGCACUUGAACCUGAAUCAUACGAGUUUCUUCCAAAAAAAGAUACAAAAUUUAAAAUUCAAAGGUUAAAUGCGGUACAAUUGUCAAUAAAGAGACAACGUCAUUCGAGAAGUAACCAAACAAAACGCUUAGACACUUCAGUUCCUCAACGCAAACGAAAGGGAAAUAGUCUAGUCAGAGUAAUGGCCGAUCAAGGACUUUUAGAGUCAGUUUUUAAUACCAAUAUUACUUCAAAUGAUACAAAAUCUGUUCGAAUACCACCACCGCUUCCAAUGCAAAUUGAUGAAUUAAUGUCUAAUAUCAACGCGCUUAAUCUUGAUAAUGAUGUAUUAGAAAAGAUAAUACCUGAAAUUUCUUGGAAAGGACAGCCAUUAUCUAUCACACAUCUACCUCAUUAUAACGCUCUACAUCCUACAGAGGCACAUGUAGUGUCUAUUCUUCGUCUUACACCAAUACAAUAUCUAACUGGAAAACAUACUCUUAUUUCAGCAGCUCACCGAUAUGCUCAAAAAGCACUCCCAUUCAAGAAAAGUGAUGCACAAAAGCUACUUCGAAUUGAUGUCAAUAAAGCUAGUAAAUUAUGGGAAUUUUUUCAUCAAGUUCAAUGGAUCUAA